AUGACACGAACAUUUGUUGAUUUCUUGGCUUUAUAUGGGCAUUUUGGUGGAGAGGAUUUAAGUGACGAGGAGGACGAAGAGGAUAGAGACGAAGAAGAAGGCAGAGAUGAUGAGGAUACGGAGGAGAUAUCACCAUUGAUUAGAAGAGCUCAAGCGAAUGCCGUACAGGGAACAGCUACACCAGCAAAAGCUGUCUUUCUACUACUAAAAUCGUUUGUGGGAACUGGUGUCAUGUUCUUACCAAAGGCAUUUUACAAUGGUGGAGUGUUGUUUUCAACCGGUUUAUUGUCUUUCAUAGCUCUGGUCUCACUGUACACCUUUUUAUUGUUGGUCGAAACCAGAAGCAAAAUUCCAGUAUCAUUUGGUGAUAUUGGUGGUAUAUUAUUUGGCGCCAAAAUGCGAUUCGCUGUUUUGUUGGCUAUUACUUUUUCUCAGAUCGGCUUUGUUUGUGCCUAUAUGGUGUUUGUCGCACAAAAUGUCCAAGCAUUAAUUGAAUCCAUAUCACAAUGUGAUCUACGUAUUGAUUUACACUAUCUAAUUCUUGCACAAAUUUUGAUUUUCGUACCAUUGGCCAUGAUCCGCAAAAUACAAAAACUAUCUGCAUUUGCAUUGAUAGCAGAUUUGUUCAUCUUGAUCGGUUUGAUAUACCUCUAUUACUACGAUUUCUUAACUCUGUCUAGCCAAGGGAUCGCUGACGUUGAAUGGUUACUCAAUUACAAGUCGUUUCCUAUGUUUAUUGGAACUGCGGUUUUCACGUAUGAAGGUGUAGGAUUAGUUAUUCCUAUUACUGAAUCCAUGAAAGAGCCAGAGAAAUUCCCCAAAGUACUCUCCGGCACGAUGCUAUUCAUUACUUGUAUUUUUGUUAGUGUGGGCUUUAUUUCUUAUUUAGCUUUUGGUAGUCAAGUGCAAACGGUCAUUUUAUUGAAUAUGCCUGGUACCAGUGUCGUAAAUACUGUUCAAGGUCUCUACGCUCUAGCCAUUUGUUUAUCCAUUCCACUGCAACUAUUCCCUGCUAUACGUAUUGUAGAAAAUGGACUGUUUACACGCUCUGGCAAAUAUAAUACCAUGGUCAAAUGGCAAAAGAAUGUUUUCCGCUUUGUAGCCGUUAUUUUAUGUGCUUGUAUAGCCAUUGGAGGCUCAGGAGAUUUGGAUAAAUUUGUCUCUUUGGUUGGCUCACUAUGCUGCGUACCACUCUGUUUCCUAUUCCCCCCUCUAUUUCAUUUGAAGGCUAUUGCGAACACCUGGAGACAAAAAGCAAUUGAUAUUACUAUUAUUAUAUUCGGUAUUUCUGCACAAUUAUACACGACUGCCAUCACAAUUGCUUUAUGGUCAGAAAGUGGGGAGUCGGCUCCUAUAUCGAGAUGUCCCAAUUAA